AUGUCGAACAUUAUACUUUCGUUCGUCUUCUUCAACAUUUUCCUCAUAAGUUUCAUUAAUUGUAAUGGUCUCUUUUACCUUCAACGAAUUCCAUCAUCUUGUAUGGAAACGACCAUAACUAUAACGAUGAAUAAUACUUCAACAAACAAUUGUUUUAUCUUUUCAUGGCAAGAAAUAGUUGAAUUAACGACAAAUUAUACGACAUAUAGAAAACCAAACACAAAUGAAACGUUUUAUGCACAAAUUGGUGCAUUAACUGUUUUAGGAACAAUAGAUGAUUAUGAUUUAGAUUAUCAAUGCCCACCUGUGGGUUAUAAUGGUGUUGGGCCAGGAUGUUCUACUCAAUCUGAUACACAUUUAGUAGUUUUACACAUUAAUACUUUGGAUAAUAAACUCUAUUCAAUUGAUGUUAUUCUUUCCGGAAGUCCUUUUCCUUCACCGAAUACUCUUGUCGAUAAUCAACCUCCAUUUGGUAGAGCACGACAUGUAUUUGAUCCUGCAAUUCCAGUUCAAUCAACAGGAUAUCUGAAAGUUUGUAAGAAUGGUUAUAGUAAUCGUUGUCCUAAUGCUAAUAUCAGUGCACAUAAAUUACCUAAUCCAUUACCAAGUAAUACUGGUUAUGGAAUCUUUGGUAUCCAAGCGGCAAAUUUUGUAACGAAUGCAGUAUGGAUUAUGGAUGAUAUCAAUCAACUACUGAUUGUGACUGCAGGUACUACUUAUUAUUAUUUUAAUGCUAGUGGAUUUUACCAGUACAAUUAUGGAUCAAAUACAUGUACGUGGCUGUCUGCAUGUAAUUAUCGAUGUGAAGCUUAUAAUUAUAAUUCUCGAUUUUUGGAUUAUGCUGGUGAAUGGAUUGUUACAAAGAAAUGGGGAAUUCAGAAUAUGCAACCUGUUGCUGUACAAGCAUGGAUUGGUACUGCUAUUGAUGCUGCUGGUAUCUUUCCUAUUAUUAUGUAUGUUGAUAAUGCAACUGGACAUUACAUUGGUUUAGAUAAACUUGAUGCUAAGCCAGCUGCCAAAAUUGGUGCCUUGUAUUGGUAUAUUGCUCAUGAUGAUACAAAAAUUGGAGAAAGUAUUCCUAAGUUUCAUCCAAGCGUGGUAGAUGCAGGUUGUACAAAUCUGUUAAGCGAUUGGACUGGAAUAAAUAAUUGUGAAGCAAUCAUGACAUCAAAAAACAUUCCAAAGAUAAUUCUACUCUUAUUCAUUGCAUAUUUACCUAUGGUUUAG